AUCAAGUUGGUUGUGGGGUUUGUUUUUUUUUUGCAUUCUUUCAUUUCGUGAGCUUGUUAAACCGUCAUAAAAUUAAUGGCGCAAAGAGCUGACUGGUCGCCCACCAAGCGAAGCAAAAUAGUAUUAUUAAGUGAACAAGGCUGCAGUUAUGAAGAGAUUAGAAGAAAAAUGGGUGGAAACUUAACCAAAGGCGGCAUUUCUAAGUUUUUGAAGAGGUAUAAGGAGACUCAGUCACUAGAAAACCUCACCGGUAAAGGCAGGAAAAGGUGCACGACAGCAAGCGAUGACAGAAGAAUUAAGAGGCUGUGCCUACGUGACGGAAGAAAAUCACCUGGGUGCAUACAAGAUGAAAUGGCACAAUGCAAUGUGAAGUUGAGUGCGAGGACUGUUCGGCGCAGACUGCAGGAAUUUGGCCUGAAAUCUAGAAUUCCACGAAAAAAAAAGCCACUUUUAUCUCUCAAAGAAAGAGCAGAUAUUGCGCUGAUUGGCCUGGCGGUCAUGGGUCAGAAUCUCAUCCUCAAUAUGAAUGAUCAUGGUUUUGUGGUAUGUGCUUUUAACCGGACAGUUUCCAAGGUGGAUGAUUUCCUUGCCAAUGAGGCCAAGGGCACCAAAGUGAUUGGAGCACACACCUUAGAGGAAAUGGUCUCAAAACUGAAAAAACCCCGUCGUGUCAUGCUUCUGGUCAAGGCCGGAAGCGCCGUGGAUGAUUUCAUCAACAAGUUGGUGCCAUUGCUUUCUCGUGGGGAUAUCAUUAUUGAUGGAGGAAAUUCGGAAUAUAGAGAUACCACGAGACGUUGCAAGGAACUCAAGGAAAAAGGCAUCCUGUUUGUGGGGAGCGGAGUAAGUGGGGGUGAAGAAGGAGCCCGAUACGGACCCUCUCUUAUGCCAGGGGGAGCGAAAGAAGCAUGGCCUCACAUCAAGACAAUAUUUCAGAGCAUCGCAGCCAAAGUAGGAACUGGGGAACCAUGUUGUGACUGGGUGGGAGAUGAAGGAGCCGGGCAUUUCGUGAAGAUGGUACAUAACGGGAUCGAGUACGGUGACAUGCAGCUGAUCUGCGAGGCUUACCACCUUAUGAAAGACGUGCUGGCCAUGGACCACGACGAGAUGUCCAAGGUGUUCCAGGAGUGGAAUAAGACCGAACUGGAUUCCUUCCUGAUUGAAAUCACAGCUGACAUCUUGAAAUUCCGUGACACGGAUGGAAAACACUUGCUUCCUAAAAUCAGGGACAGCGCCGGACAGAAAGGAACGGGAAAAUGGACAGCGAUUUCUGCUUUGGAAUACGGCGUUCCCGUUACUCUUAUAGGAGAAGCUGUUUUUGCCCGGUGUUUGUCUUCGCUCAAGGACGAAAGGAUGCAAGCCAGCAAACUUUUAAGUGGUCCCAAAGCAAAGGCGUUUAGUGGGAAUAAGGCAGAGUUUCUGGAGGACAUUCGUAAAGCCCUCUAUGCUUCCAAGAUCAUUUCCUAUGCCCAGGGAUUCAUGUUACUGAGGCAAGCCGCCAAGGAGUUUGGCUGGACCUUAAAUUAUGGCGCGAUUGCAUUGAUGUGGCGUGGAGGCUGCAUCAUCAGGAGCGUUUUCCUGGGCAAAAUCAAAGAAGCUUUUGACCGAACCCCCGACCUGCAAAAUUUACUCCUAGAUGUCUUUUUCAAGACGGCAGUGGAGAAUUGUCAGGACUCAUGGCGACGUACAAUUAGCACGGGGGUCCAGAUGGGAAUCCCGAUGCCCUGUUUCACCACAGCCUUAGCGUUUUAUGAUGGGUACAGACAUGGCACUUUGCCCGCUAACCUAAUUCAAGCUCAGCGGGAUUAUUUCGGGGCCCACACCUACGAAUUGUUGUCAAAACCGGGCGAAUUCGUUCACACCAACUGGACGGGGCACGGGGGCUCCGUCUCAUCUUCGUCCUAUAACGCCUAGAGGACAGAAACCCCAUGAAAGCUACAUAGAGGGAGUCUCCAAACCUUUGGGCAUUUCUGUAGAUGUCCAGUUUUAGCUUUUAUUUUCUAUUAUUAUUAUUUUUUUUGUAAAGACAUUCUUAUGGUGUCUUAGGCAAAAGCCAGAAAUAAAAUGGAUGGAAUAAAAUGGAAUUCUGCUGAAAUAAAUGCUUGUUUCCAAUUCA